UGUGUGGCUGUGCCACGGACAGAGAGGGAGAGAAGGAGAGAAGGAGAGAGAGAGGGAGAGACUUGAGACCUCUCCCGUCGCGGUCUUUGCGCACACAAAUGGCGAGCGAACUGGCAGGACGCAUCACUGACCAGCGGGCUUAGCCGCAUUUCAAUGCUCAGAAGUCUUUUAUGUAACUCCUAAGUGUUUGGAUUUGCAAUGUAAAGCCAGGAAAUGGCAGAGAGUGGGAAAAAGGGGGAAAGAAAGAGGGAGGAUAAAGGAGGACCUGUCCAGGAGCCCCACAGUCCAGCUCCUGACCUCUCCCCAGUUGGCACCACCUCAUUUGGGACCAAGAGGCAUCUACCUCGAGGGAUUGUGAUCCAGUUGACGGGGACAGAGGGCGAGUGGGACAGCCUGGAUGACAGUGAGCUCAUCUUCUCCCUAGACCAUGAUGAAGAUUAUCCCUCUGUAUCUUUCACCAAGGAGAGGCACCUUUCCAUUGAGGAUGACAGAGGGUUUCAUUCCCAAGCUUUCCACGUCCCUCUUUCUCCCUCUAUCCCUGAUUCCUUGGGAAACUGCCUGGCCAGUGGCCCAAGUUACCUCUCCCCAGGCCCUUCCUCACCUACCCACCGACCUCUUCCAAGUCUGGUUAAGUCUCUCUCCACAGAGUUGGAGUUGAAAGACAGCUCCACUCUUAGACCAAAGCCCCUUCUCAGUCUUGUAAAGUCGAUCUCCACGGAGCUCUCCCGCUCAGAGCCUGAGGUGUCGCAAUCAAAAUCAGACUCCCGCCUCAACCUUCAUUUGUGGAAGCAGCUGACCCAACCAAAAACCCGCAGCAAUGGAGACUCUCGCACUGCGCCGCCUUCACCUAGCUCACCCUCUCCUAGUGGAGAGGGUCUGAAAGGGGGCUUCUUAAAAAUGGAGCUGGAGGACACCAAGAGGAAGCUCUCGGAGGCUAUGCACGAACCUCUGAGCAGCAUGUUUAGUAAGCUCAUGAAAGAGGAGGGCACAGGAAGCCCCAAACACCAGUAUAAGACCCAGGGGGCUCACCAGGGCAGCUCCAGAGCUUUGGGACAGGGGGGUAGCAGAGACACAGUUUUCUCUGAGUGUCCUGUUAGAAAUGCUAGAAAAACAGAUGCUGACGUUUUGCCUGUGUUUGACUGGCCUUCUGUAAGACAUCUUGGUAGAACUCACCACAGCCGCUGCCCUGUGCAUCCCAUCAAACAAAAUCACACAGAUGCAGAGCUGGAAAUAUGUACAGAUGGUGAUAUGAUGCAAGUAUUAGCCAUCGAGACUCACAGGCAGGCGAGAAAACCACCUGCUGGUUCUCAGGUCUCUGCAGCACCUGUGGUUCAGACCCCACCUCUUCCUCAGCCCCCUCAUCCUCUACCACAAAUGAGUUUAUUCUGUGUGGCAGUGCUGUCCUACAGCUACUUUACUCUACCUCUCAGUCCAUACUUGUCUGGCCUGGCUCUAGGGUUAGCACUGGGCUUCUUGCUAGGACUGUUGCUCAUUAGGAUGGGUUCCUCCAAGCCUCACUGUACAGUUCCUGCCUACAGACCAGCACAGACCCUGUUGGGAGAGGUGAUUCUGGCAGGUGGCACUGUCAGCAAUGAGCACGACACCCUCAAGGGCUGGAUGAAUGAGAUACAUGAUUAUGACCCAGAAACCUUUCACCUCGCUCUGACUCAUUCAGUCUUUGCCACCCUGGAGGGCUCCUGUCUUCGUCUGGACUCCUCACGUACCAACAUCAGGCGCAGGGCUGCAUACGAUGAGGGAGUUCAUGAAGCCACCUUUGUCAAGUCACGCUCCUUUCAGCUUGCAAAGAGCAGAGUAUUCCUGUUGCCAUCUGUGUUAGCUCAAAAGAGGAUGUGGAAUCCCAAGUAUCCCAUUUGCAUCCAACUGGCUUGCAGAGCAAACUCGCAAGAGGACGGAGAAGGAAGCUCGGAGGAGCGUCAGGGAGCGGAGCCAGGAGCUGAAGCAAUAAUACCAAAACAAAGUUCCUCCAAACACGCCCAUGGCUUUCCCACCAUUCUUUACCUGUUUGGCCGCACGGGACGAGAAAAAGAAGAGUGGUUUCGUCAUUUCCUGUUUGCAUCCAUGGAUACAGAGAGGGAAAAGGAGAGGAACAGACAGAAGCCUGGCAGAUAUGCAUGCAGACCAGGUGACCCAGCACUGGCACACAGUGUGUCUGCCUCAGGUAAUGUCCUGAGCACGAGAGGCUCCAGCAGAGUGGGCAGCAGUGAUGAUGAUGCAACUUUCACACCUCCGUUCCUCUGCACCCCUGCGGCUCAUGCCAGUCAGACCCCCAGCAGUACCAGGGGCCUUUCACUGCUAGACUACCACAGCUACAUGGCUUGUCUCCUGGCCUCAGGGGAGCUGACCCCCCUGUCCAGCCCUGGAGUCAGCAGCACAGAGACAAGCCCCACCAUCAAAGGACAUUGUACCUGUGAUCUAGAAGAAAACCCUGGGAAGAGCCAGGCUGCCUGGCUUAAUGCUCUAAUAGGUCGAAUCUUCUGGGACUUCCUGCGAGAUAAGCACUGGGCCAACACUGUUUCCCACAAGAUUCAGAAGAAGCUCAGCAAAAUCAAACUGCCUUACUUUAUGAAUGAGCUGACUCUGACAGAGUUGGAUAUGGGCUCCUCCAUGCCAUAUAUCACCGCUACCUCCAGACCAGAGAUUAACCACAGAGGCCUAUGGCUGGAGAUGCAUCUGGUCUACACUGGUGCCCUGCAGAUGACCCUGCAGACCAAGUUCAACCUGUCCAAGCUGGGCAAGGAGGGCAACCAGGACACAGACUGUACAUCUGAAACUGGUAGCCCACGGUCCGUCCUCAGCGUGCUGGCAGACAGUGAUGAGGAGUCCUCCAGCGCUGGUUCAUCUGACGAGGAAGAGCUGCUUCUCUCCGAGCCUCAGGGACAAGGGGGGGAGAAGGGAUCCACAUUAUCUACUGAAGGGACAGGGGGUGGCAGGGCUGGAAGGAAGAUUUUGAGAUUUGUGAACAAAAUCGCUAAAUCCAAGUACUUCCAGAAGGCGACGGAGAACGAGUUCAUUAAGAAGAAGUUUGAGGAGAUGUCCAACAUGCCCCUGCUGCUCACGGUGGAGGUCCAAGAGCUGUCAGGGCCUCUGGUCAUCAACAUCCCACCGCCCCCUACUGACAGGAUAUGGUACAGCUUCUGCAUGCCACCCAAGCUGGAUCUGCACGUCCAUCCCAAACUUGGGGAGAGGGAGGUUACUUUCUGCCAUGUGACUGAGUGGAUUGAGAAGAAACUGCAGGACGAGUUCCAUAAAGUGCUUGUACUGCCAAACAUGGAUGACAUCUACUUACCGCUGAUGCGCUCUGGGGUGGACAUCCACCCUGACGCCCCCCAGCCCCAACACUCCCAAAACUCCUCCAGAGAAGAGAUCCCACCUGAGACCUCUAGGGCAGAAUCUCACUAGUGUCUCGCUGUUGGCGAUCAGAGGAGACCUGAGCCUGCAAAAUGGGUUCGUUAAUAUAGGUCUUAGGCAGACCCUUGUGUUUUUAAAAGGGGUUUAUAAAAGUCUGAUGCUUUGCACUGCAGGUGUUUGGGCGGUUAAUAGAGAAUCUGGAUUUGUUUGUGCCCUCUCAGUACAGUCACUCAUUGAAUUGGUAGAGUGUACAUUACAUAAUGACAAACAAGUACAAGUGAUACUUUUUGCAGCGGUUUACAUGUGAAUUAACCCUAUAUUUAUAUAGUUAUAUAUUUGCUGAUUUAAAUUUUACAACUCAUUGUCACUUUAUUAAGACAUAUUAUUGAAUAAAAGCUGAAAAAUGCUUGUAAGAUUUUUUUCUCAAUUAAUGCACUUUCACAAACGUCCCCAAUGUAUGUUGCUCUACUUUAUUUUGGUGCAGCUCCAAUGUCCAUCCUCAUACAAACAUACAUCUGGACUAACACAGGCUUCUUCGUUAAUUAAUAUAUUAACUGAUAUUGCAACUUUUCAAUAUACUUAAACUGAUUUUUAAACCAAACAUCAAAGGAUGUUUGCGGCAAAUAACUGCAAGCCAUCAUUAAUGAGGCAUUACAAUGAUCAUUGGGACAAUGAGAUAUUUAUUCUGUUAAUCUGUUAAAAAGAUUCAGGCAUUCAUUUGAUUUACCAUAUACUUUGCAAGGCAUGUGGUUCUUUGUGCUCAAAAAGGCUCAAAUUUGUGCUAUGCUUCGAUGCUUUAGAAAACACGACUUAUUUACCUCAGCAUUUCUCCAGGGACGAAUGUCUCAGUUUAAACUGUAAGAGUGUGGAAUACAUUUAGGAAGUUUGCCAGCUGGCCUAGAAACUGAAAGGUCCUAAAAGAGAAGGUUUGACUUCCCAAGACUGGUUUCAGCACAGGAUAAGACCCAGCAGCAAAAUGCAGUAAUAGAUGAUAAUGGUUACAAUACUCAUCAAUUACAAAAUAAACAAGCAAAUCACAGAAAAGGAUGGAAAGCAAAGAUUCAGAUGAACUGCUCAUCAACUACAUCAUGUGUGUGACAAACAGCCUGCUCAAAAUGUGAAACUGAGUCCUGACACAUAAAAUGAAGUCACAUGAGAAAGAAGUGUGAGAGUGUGUGGGAGGAUGUGUGUGUGUGUGUGUGUG